AUGACCAACCAGAGGAUGCCUUCUGAGGCGGAUACCAUGACAAACCAGAGGAUGCCUUCUGAGGCGGAUACCAUGACAAACCAGAGGAUGCCUUCUGAGGCGGAUACCAUGACAAACCAGAGGAUGCCUUCUGAGGCGGAUACCAUGACAAACCAGAGGAUGCCUUCUGAGGCGGAUACCAUGACCAACCAGAGGAUGCCUUCUGAGGCGGAUACCAUGACGACCAACCAGAGGAUGCCUUCUGAGGCGGAUACCAUGACCAACCAGAGGAUGCCUUCUGAGGCGGAUACCAUGACAAACCAGAGGAUGCCUUCUGAGGCGGAUACCAUGACCAACCAAAGGAUGCCUUCUGAGGCGGUUACCAUGACCACCAACCAGAGGAUGCUUUCUGAGGCGGUUACCAUGACGACCAACCAGAGGAUGCCUUCUGAGGCGGAUACCAUGACGACCAACCAGAGGAUGCCUUCUGAGGCGGAUACCAUGACGACCAACCAGAGGAUGCCUUCUGAGGCAGAUACCAUGACCACCAACCAGAGGAUGCCUUCUGAGGCAGAUACCAUGACGACCAACCAGAGGAUGCUUUCUGAGGCGGUUACCAUGACGACCAACCAGAGGAUGCCUUCUGAGGCGGAUACCAUGACGACCAACCAGAGGAUGCCUUCUGAGGCGGAUACCAUGACCAACCAGAGGAUGCCUUCUGAGGCGGUUACCAUGACAAACCAGAGGAUGCCUUCUGAGGCGGUUACCAUGACAAACCAGAGGAUGCCUUCUGAGGCGGAUACCAUGACAAACCAGAGGAUACCUUCUGAGGCGGAUACCAUGACCAACCAGAGGAUGCCUUCUGAGGCGGUUACCAUGACAAACCAGAGGAUGCCUUCUGAGGUGGAUACCAUGACAAACCAGAGGAUGCCUUCUGAGGCGGUUACCAUGACAAACCAGAGGAUACCUUCUGAGGCGGAUACCAUGACCAACCAGAGGAUGCCUUCUCAGGCGGAUACCAUGACGACCAACCAGAGGAUGCCUUCUGAGGCGGAUACCAUGACGACCAACCAGAGGAUGCCUUCUGAGGCGGAUACCAUGACGACCAACCAGAGGAUGCCUUCUGAGGCGGAUACCAUGACAAACCAGAGGAUGCCUUCUGAGGCGGAUACCAUGACGACCAACCAGAGGAUGCCUUCUGAGGCGGAUACCAUGACGACCAACCAGAGGAUGCCUUCUGAGGCGGAUACCAUGACAAACCAGAGGAUGCCUUCUGAGGCGGUUACCAUGACGACCAACCAGAGGAUGCCUUCUGAGGCGGAUACCAUGACAAACCAGAGGAUGCCUUCUCAGGCGGAUACCAUGACGACCAACCAGAGGAUGCCUUCUGAGGCGGAUACCAUGACAAACCAGAGGAUGCCUUCUGAGGCGGAUACCAUGACGACCAACCAGAGGAUGCCUUCUGAGGCGGAUACCAUGACCAACCAGAGGAUGCCUUCUGAGGCGGAUACCAUGACGACCAACCAGAGAAUGCCUUCUGAUGCGGAUACCAUGACAAACCAGAGGAUGCCUUCUGAGGCGGAUACCAUGACAAACCAGAGGAUGCCUUCUGAUGCGGAUACCAUGACAAACCAGAGGAUGCCUUCUGAGGCGGGUACUAUGUCUCCCAAACAGAUUCUUCUCACUCAGACGGGCAACCUGGCGACCAACCCCUCUUUAUUACCACGGUUCAGCAGGACAGAGUAUAUAUUUAAUGUGUACGACUGUUAUUUCUUGAUCACAGAAGUCUCAGCAUCAACUGAAGAAACGUACGACGGAAAUAUAAAUAUCAUUCAAUAUGACUUAAACAUGUUUGGGAAAUUAAAAGUUACACCAAGUAAGUUUUAA